GGGCACUUUGGCGCGCUUGCGCACUUUGGAAAAAGAGGAGCUGGACCCCGCCCCGUACGGCUGCUUUGCUCCUCCGCUGUGCGUGCGAGGGACGUCGGGGGCGGUGCCGCAGCAGUUGCCCCUGGUAACGGGGAGGCAGGAGGAGGAGGAGGAGGGACUCGGCGGGAGGAUGGGCUUGCUUUCAAUUUUGCGCAAAUUGAAAAGUGCACCAGACCAGGAGGUGAGAAUCCUUCUCCUGGGCUUGGAUAAUGCUGGCAAGACCACUCUUCUGAAACAGCUUGCAUCUGAAGACAUCAGCCACAUUACACCUACACAGGGUUUUAACAUCAAAAGUGUACAAUCACAAGGUUUUAAACUGAAUGUAUGGGACAUUGGUGGACAGAGAAAAAUCAGACCAUACUGGAGAAAUUAUUUUGAAAAUACCGAUAUUCUCAUAUAUGUAAUUGACAGUGCAGACAGAAAAAGAUUUGAAGAGACGGGUCAGGAACUAGCUGAAUUACUGGAGGAAGAAAAACUAAGUUGUGUGCCAGUGCUCAUCUUUGCUAACAAGCAGGAUUUGCUCACGGCAGCCCCUGCCUCCGAAAUCGCAGAAGGACUAAACUUGCACACCAUCCGCGACCGCGUCUGGCAGAUCCAGUCCUGCUCAGCUCUCACAGGAGAGGGCGUUCAGGACGGCAUGAACUGGGUCUGCAAAAAUGUCAAUGCAAAGAAGAAAUAAAAUCUAGCCUAACGGAGAGACGCAGGAGCUGCGGGAGCUGAAUUCUGUCCUGAAAAACACUAAUUUGCUGCUUUUUGACCAAAUGUUUUUCCAUCUGUGUGCAGCUACAGCUGUUUGAAGAGAGGGAACAACACAGUUUAAAAAGAAUCCCCAUUCCAGCAGUAGAUUUAACUGAUCUCUGAGGUUCAGUAUCAUUUUUCAAAUAAAGGAAUUAUAUUAUUUCGUCUGCAUAA